AAAUUCAUUUGUUUACUAUUGUUUUUUUUCUCGUAGAAGACCAGCCUUCACAAGCAGCAACAACGAUGGAGCCACCACAAAAAAAGCCAAAAAUACAAAAUAUGUCCACAAUUCAAGCCAUCUUGUCUCACGAAUACACAGAACCCAAUAAAUUGAUGGAAGUCUAUGUCACCGCAGUGGAUGACAAGAAACAAAUAUCGAAAAUAAUGCAACAACUUGCCACUCUUCUACCAGUGCCACAACUUCAGCAUUUAAAACGUGUUAAGGACAACAAAAUCAUAUUGUGCAGCAAGGAAGAUGUUGGAUCGUUGGAAAAACUGAAACCAUUCUUGGAAGCAAAGGCCCUUGACACAGCAAUUAUAGAAGAAAUCUUACAAAAAACAGAAAUAGUUGAAGUCCCAGCGACACCACCCAAACUGCGAUGGCAAUAUGACAUAGUUCAUCGAAUAUGGCCUUGUAAAUUUCAUCCAGAUAAAUAUAUGGAACAAAGAUAUGAAGGCACGAAUUUCACAGACAAAGAAAAAGAGUUUCAUUGGAAUAUUGCUACCUUAAUGAUGGAUAUUUCACGUAAAAUAUUGGACAACCAAGGAAUUGGAGUUUGUGUAGAUCCCAGAUUUAAUAGUCUUGUUGCUAUGUCAUCUAGUUUUACAACGAAAAGUCCAGUUAUGCAUUGUCCCAUGAUAUUGGUGGACUACGUGGCCAGAACACAAGACUCAGGCGCAUGGAAUGAAAAACUAAAUUCUGCAGAAGACUUUAUGGAAAGUGAAAAGGACAGUGAACACACAUUGGCUGGAAUACCCAAAAGAUUUAAACAAUUUAUGGAUGAACAUGAAGACCAUAAAAAUAUUAAAUUGGGUGCUGAACGUUUAAGGAAUACAGAAAAAUUAAAAAGUGAAGAUGUACAGAUGCUGGAUGGAGAUAAUUUGGCCAAGUAUGGUCCAUAUUUAUGCACCGGUUAUGAUGUGUAUUUGCUGCAGGAACCAUGUCUGAUGUGUUCCAUGGCAUUGGUGCAUAGUAGAGCGAAAAGAGUAUUCUUUAUUAAGUUCUCAGACAAUGGAAGUUUAGCGACACGCUUCCAGUUACAUAGUGUACCUGAACUAAAUCAUCAUUACGAAGUGUAUCAUAUUAAGUGUGAUAAUAUCGAUAUGUCAUAACAACAAAUAACAUUGUAUAACCCUAUUAAGAAUUACAACAACAGUGUUUUAAUUGACAUAAGAAAAUAUCGUCUUAUGUUCAAAAAAUACUACAAAUUUAA